CUCAAAUACCUGGCUACAGUCAGUGUUCUCACACUGUUCUGAGGCUGUGCUCUGAGUAAGUGUGAGGGGCCUAGAUCCUGAGAGAGCCAGGACGUGUGUUCUGGGUGAGUGUUGCUCGUUCCUGUACUAGACUGGUGUGUAAGACCAUCCAGCUUGGCCCUCAUGGAAAGAGAAGACAGGACCCCUCUGGGCUCCACAUCGGCUGCCUCAGAGACUGCUCCGAGCCAACAGGACGCAGCAAAGAAGAGUCAGAAGAAAAGGGUGUGCAUGGAAGGGAAGGCAGCUCCACAGAAUAGGAGCCCUCUGGCCUCCAGUUCUGCAUCUUCAGAGGUUGUCCCUGAGCAGAGAGCCAGGACAAUGAGAGGCCAGAAGAAGAGGAGAUGGACAGACGUGAAGGCAGGGACCCAGGAGAGAAGUGCCCCGGCCUCCAAUUCCACCACCUCUGAAGCUCUCUCUGAGCUGAAGUCCUGGAAGAAGAGGGGGCAGAACAUAUGGACUGUCAAUCAUGUUGAGGGGACAAAACUCAGGAUGAACAAGAGGAGAAGACCCAGUUACCGUCCUGAAGACCAAGAAGCAUUCUACCGACUUCUGGAGGAUCCUGUUAUCCAGAGCUUCUUGGAAGCUGACAUUUUCCUCAAAGUGUCUGAUAAGUACCUGCUUUCCAUGGUGGUGGAAUAUUUUGGCCGUGUCGGGCUGCCUGGACACCUCUACAACAGGAUCCACUUCUUCCUGGCCCUCUACAUUGCCUCCGACAUGGAGGAGGACAACCCCACAUCCAAACGGAGCAUCUUCCAGUUCCUGCUGGGCAGGGAGCACUGGCCAGACCUCUACAAGGAGUUCCUGAAGCUGAAGGUGGAGUUCUUCCAUGCAAUGGGGCACCGAGCCUGGGUCACCCCGGAGUUGUGUGAGGAGAUCCAGGCCCAGAACCCACAUCACUGGGUCUGGAGUCGGGCACGCCAGUGCGCCCCCUAGGUCCCCAGGGAACAGAACGGGGGCUGCAGGUGGUCCCGGAUGUGAUGGAGCCUAUUCUCAUCCUACGAGAAAGAAGGUCAAAUGUGCUUUGUGAUAAACCAAGUUUAGGAUAAAGUUUAAUUCAUCCACAGGCUUUUUCCUUGAGGACAAACAACUAUUAUAUAUGUCAGAACCUCAAUAUGCCAAAGAAUGACUGCCACAAUAAAAAGGAGACAAAUAAUGUG